CCUGACUUGUAAUGCGCCUUGGGGGUGGUGUACCAUACGACGGCGACCCCCCGACAAUGAGCGCUACUGGCAACGACUAUGCCGAAUUAUGCGAUCUUGGACCUACGCGAUGGAGUUCGCGUGGCUACUAUCAUGUACCACCACCCGCUGCGCACAGUUCAUCCUUGCAUCCUAGCAUACUGCAAACAUCCACCCAAUCGUCAUCCAGUGUACCAACGGGUGGCUCAGCCGGUCUUACGGCCCAUCAUUUACGUGCCACCCACCCACCACCACCAACAAGCAGUUACGAAGCUGAAGACAUUGGCGGCACCACAUACGGCAUGACAACACCACCGCCCGGUGUCAGCGGUUUGACCAGCAGUUACGCCGUCAACUCACGCAUUGGCAAUAGUACCAGCUCACUGCGCACAGGAUCAGCAGCGGCAGCCGUUGCUGCUGGUGUGGGUGUAAGUUCCGCUGGUGUAGGUGGACGUCCUGGUCUUUACUAUUCGCCGCCGGGUACUUCGUACACCAUCAUUGAACGACCUCAUUCGCCGCACUACUAUUACAAUUCGGCGGGAGUGGCCACCAAGGGUGGUUCUUUGCCGGGUCGUGGUUCAGCGUAUCUCUCAUCGUCUCCCUCGAAUUUUAUGAACAGCAUGAGUGGGACAUUGCCCACAUCUACGGCGGCCCGUCAUGGCUUGGCGACGGGCUCUGCUGCUGCGAAUGGCAAUAAGAAAAGACCCAUUUCACCGGAGCAGGUGUUGCGCAUGUUUGGCGCUACGCAAUCAUCUUCAGUUCCUACUAGCAGUUAUCAUUAUAGUAAUGGUACCAGAGAUCGCACUGGUCGUCGUAGUCCAGCCAGUAGUCCGCCAUCAACAACGCAUCAGAUCUACCGCGAAAGAGAACGAGAUCGUGGUAUACCCAGUAUGCAUGAUUUAACUACAAGAACUGUUAAUAUGUCUCGUGAUCAGCAGAUAGAUCAUGGUUUUGGUAUAUGUGUUAAAGGAGGUAAAGACUCAGGCCUUGGUGUUUAUAUUUCACGCAUCGAGGAAAAUUCUGUAGCUGAACGUGCUGGUUUGCGUCCCGGUGAUACUAUCCUAGAGGUGAAUGGCACUCCAUUCACUUCAAUUAAUCACGAGGAAGCAUUAAAAAGAUGUGUGCAGAUAUUGAAAUCAUCACGUCAAAUCAGUAUGACGGUACGUGCACCACCUACGCUUAAUUCAACGGCGCCACUGCAUGGUUUUGGACCACCCUCGCGUGAUCCCAUGUAUGCAUCGAUGGCCCCCCUGCUGCCACAACAGUCUGCACUGCCACCGGGUGCUAGUAUAGGAACAUCACCAUCGGGUGGGCCAUUGCCAUAUCGGCAGACGUGCUCCUGGAUGGAUCGUCAUGGUAGACCCGCCUCACCGCCCAUGGAAUAUGGGGGCAGGAGAAGUGAACGAAGAGAUCGAAUACGCCGUGUCGAAUUGCUAAUAGAACCGGGUCAAUCAUUGGGACUUAUGAUACGUGGUGGCGUUGAAUAUGGUCUGGGCAUAUUUGUGACCGGCGUCGAUAAGGAGAGUGUUGCCGAUCGGGCGGGUUUAAUGGUGGGCGAUGAAAUACUCGAAGUUAAUGGUCAAUCCUUUCAAGAUGUCACCCACGACGAGGCUGUUAGUCAGUUAAAAUACCACAAACGUAUGUCACUAGUGAUACGUGAUGUGGGUAAAGUGCCACAUUCCUGUACCUCCAUAGAAAUGGAGCCAUAUGAUGCUUAUAGUCCUACGGGGACAAGAGCACGACGAAAAGGUCAAAUCACCGCCAUGGUAGAGGAGAAGGCUCGCUCUCUUUUACCCCGCCACCAUUUUGCAAGUCUUUCGUAUUAUAUAGCCGAAUAUUGUGCGAAAGCAAUGACCAUAGAUGCCUUUGUAGCCGUCUUAUUAGAAAUGUUAGAUACAUAUGAAAAGCAUACACUAGUGACGGAAAUCCGUGAACUUAUAUUUCCUGAGGAUCGUACUCGUUAUGAUGAAUUAGUUUAUCGACGAGAACGUGAUCCUUAUAGUGGCGAAAGAUUAAGGCGUAAAGGAGAAAGUGCGCGUGAUUUGCCGGAACAGGGAGGCUACCUAGAUGGACUACGUUCACAUUUGGGUGGUUUAACACAACGUGUCAAAUCAUGGUAUUGGGGACGACCUCUUGAGUUGGCCACAAAACUCUCAAGAAGUUUCGAUAUGAAGGAGGAAGGCGGUACAUUACUGGGCGAUAAAGGUGUGCGUAGACAUCAGUCUAUGCAAAGAUUAUCGGCUGAACAGCAACAACAAAAUGGUUCAACGACUGAACAAACAACUCAUGAACACAAUCCAAACGUCGUACCUGAUCAUAGAGGCAACUUACAUGUAACAGUUAAGAAAACAAAACCAAUAUUAGGUAUUGCUAUCGAAGGUGGUGCUAAUACAAAACAUCCGCUUCCUAGAAUAAUAAAUAUACAUGAAAAUGGUGCAGCAUUUGAAGCGGGAGGCUUAGAGGUGGGUCAACUGAUAUUAGAAGUAGACGGCAAUAAAGUUGAGGGUCUACAUCAUCAGGAGGUUGCCCGUCUUAUAGCUGAAUGUUUUGCAAAUCGAGAAAAGGCUGAUAUAACCUUUUUAGUUGUUGAAGCGAAAAAAUCGAAUUUGGAACCUAAACCAACUGCUUUAAUAUUCUUAGAAGCCUAACAUUUGCUUGCCC